AACCUUUACAGAUUCUCUCUCAUCACCAAGGCAUCAAGAACAAGAAAGCACCUUCAAAAAAAAAAAAAAAAAAUUGGGAGGGGAGCCAUCCUUCCUACUUUUUUUUUUUUCUUCUUCUUCUUCUCUGUUUCACCUUCCGAUCUCUGAAACUCUCAAAUUUCUGGAUAUUCAUCCAAACUCAUCAAUAAAUCAAGAUUUAAUUUCCAAAUCCCCCCAACCUCCUGAAAUGAACCUUAAUUGAUUUAGAAAAAGAAAAAAAAAAUCAAGAAUGGAAUCCAGCAUUGAAUGCUUUUCAUUCAUUGAUGGGAUGGAUGAAGAAGAGAUGUCUCCAUCCCAUCCUUUCUCUCAGUUUUCAUCUUCAAAGCCAUCCCACAAUAAUUCCAACACCAAUAAUCUCAAUGGCUGUGUGAUUAAUCCUAUCACAAGUGUUCAUGAGCUUCUUGAUUGCCCUGUUUGCACUAAUUCUAUGUAUCCUCCUAUCCACCAGUGUCACAAUGGGCACACCAUUUGCUCUACCUGCAAAGUUAGGGUUCACAACAGGUGCCCAACGUGUAGACAGGAGCUGGGCGAUAUAAGAUGUUUGGCGCUCGAAAAAGUUGCUGAAUCGCUCCAACUCCCGUGCAAAUACUAUUCGCUCGGAUGCCCCGACAUCUUCCCGUAUUAUAGCAAGUUGAAGCACGAAACGGUCUGCGAUUUUCGGCCUUACGGCUGCCCCUACGCCGGAUCGGAGUGCUCGGUUGUCGGGGACAUCCCGUUCCUCGUCGAUCACCUGAGAGACGAACACAAAGUGGACAUGCAUUCCGGGUGCACCUUCAACCAUCGGUACGUGAAGUCGAACCCCCGGGACGUGGAGAACGCCACGUGGAUGCUGACGGUUUUCCAUUGCUUUGGUCACUACUUCUGCCUACAUUUCGAAGCAUUCCAACUCGGGACGGCUCCGGUGUACAUGGCGUUCCUACGGUUCAUGGGGGACGAGACGGAGGCUCGGAACUACAGCUACAGCCUGGAGGUUGGGGGAAAUGGUCGGAAGCUGACGUGGGAGGGGACUCCCCGGAGCAUACGGGACACUCACAGGAAGGUUCGAGACAGCCAUGACGGCCUCAUCGUACAGCGCAACAUGGCCCUGUUUUUCUCCGGAGGUGACCGGAAGGAGCUCAAGCUCCGCGUCACCGGCCGGAUAUGGAAGGAGCAGCAGCAGAACCCAGAUGCCACUUACAUACCCAAUCUCUGAACUUAGAAAUACAUUUCACUUUCUCUACAACAACUAACAAGUGUUUGGGUCUCUGCUUUAUUAUCGAGCCAAAUUUGCCCGAAAAACCCUAA